ACUAUUGUUGCACCAUAUAUGUGUGCCAACUUUCAGUCAUAUCUUAAUUCAUAAACCAAUGUUAUGGGGGCACGAGUUUGGUCCAGGAACAAAGUGCACGCCAGUUCGUUACUGCUUCACCAAUUGGCGAUGAUACAAUGCCAACCUAACUCUGCCUGUAUCUGUUUUCAGACAUCAAAGUGUGGCAGCUGUCAAUAUGUCGGCUAAGCUAUGGUGUGUCGUUUGUCAAGACACGCGCUCACUGCUGUGGAUGGCCUCGGAUUUGGUGUUGCCCGCAUCUCAGCUGACCGUGAUGGAGAGACUGGGAGGUCUGCACCUCAAGCUGCAGCCUCUGAGUAUACUGUGCAAUUCCUGCUAUUCUCUGGUGGAACUUUGGGACAAACAAAUAUCUGCUGCCACUGAAACUGAGCAAGCUCUCAAAGGUCUCAUUACUUAUGCCAGGGAAUGUUUGGACGAAGAUGCUGAAAAGAAAGAUGAAUCUGUAUUGAUCAGAGAGCAUAAUGAAGAUGAUAGCUGUGGGCCAGCUUCCUUGUCUUGUGCAUUCGGUGUGGAAAAGGUGAAACCAGCCAAAGGGAGCUCUGACCUCUUGGUGGCAGGGGAAAGAACUGUGGCAGGCUCGCUCGUUACUGAUUCCGACAGGUCCCAUGCUGAGCCGCCAGGACGAAGGCUUUCUUCAGACUGUGAUGCAGCAGGAACUGACCUGCCUGUUUCCGCGGAGGCUGAUGUGACUGAUCCAGGUGGGGUAGAGGUCUGUGGACCUGCCCCCGCAGCAGUGCCAGUGACCAGUGCCAGCGUUCUGGAGGUGCAGUCAUCUGAUGCUGUUGAAGGACUUACAACACCUUUUGAUGCGAGCGAUUUGAUCGGAGAGCCAGAGAGGGGUGGGGCGGCGACAGACCGGAGUCCGUCUGAUGUCGCAGAUGAUGCUGCCGCCUCUAGUCGGCAUGUGGACGGUGUUUCACCCGCCGCCGACCCGACCCCGCCCUCAGAGACCCGCAAAGCCUCCCGGCACCGCUGUGAUAUUUGCGGCAAGGGGUUCGCGCGCGGCGGCUCGCUCGCCGACCACCUGGCGGCGCACGCCGGAACUAAGGGCUACGCGUGCGCCGAGUGUGGUGAGUCGUUUCAGUACCGAGACGGUCUCCUGGUGCACCGGCGGCGACACCACGGUGGCGGCCGGCUCAACUGUCCGCACUGCUCGCAACGCUUCGAGAAGAGCUGCAACCUGCGCCGCCACCUGCGCGUGCAUACGGGCGAGCGGCCGUUCGGCUGCACCUUCUGUCCCAAACGGUUCGCGCAGAGCAACGGCCUGAAGAAGCACGUGCGUAGCCUGCAUGGGGAUCGCGUCUCGGCGAAACCUAGCUAACGUCUAUUCUUUUAUACCAGGCAGUAUUUACAGUCUUUCUUCGAGCUUAUCGGAUCUUUUUUUUUGUGUCGCGUGGUGUAUUUCACUGUCGUGUUCGAUGUGUUACCCUAUGAUCUGAUUGUCAUGUUCAAACAGUGGUUUAGUCGGUCGCAGAUUACUUGUGGUUGGCUGUGGCAACCUGCCCUCUCGUGUUUUUUUUUUUUUUUUAUUCAUGCUACGCCGGUAUCCGGCGUUUCGGCGUUAUGCACUGCUCGUAACGCAGUAAUGCGUCCUGUGAACUGCCCAGAUACUCGGGCGAUCUCGACUUGAUGAUGGCUUCAGUUUCUUGAUCGUUCAGCGACUUCUGUGUGAUUGAUCAAGAAAUAACUUGAUCUGUGUUGUUCCGAGCCUGCUAUUUGCGAUGCACGUGCAAGGCACGACCCAUUUUUGACAUCCAGCGUUCUGAAUCUACGUGAUAUAUUUUAUAUAGCGCAUGCAAUUUGACGGCACUGUUGUUACGCAGUUAUAAUAUAGUUAUGUACAUUU